AUGUCAGGCUUUCACUAUGCCUUCUCAUUGCCCAAAUCGGCUGUCCAGCAGGCGACGCCUCCUGGAACAGUCGAGCUUUAUGAUUAUGAGGGAGGUUCAACAUCCGAGUCAGCCUUCAGCCCCCAACUGCGUGUAUCGCCAACGCCAUCAAGCUGCCCGUCCGAUCCAUUGAAUUGGAGUCCCUGGAGGAAGGCUAUGGCCCUUCUCAGUGCCUCUUUCUACUGUUUGAUAGCCAACAUUACAUCCUCCUCCCUGUCCAGUGCGUUGGUCUUUCUCGCCAUGGACUUUCACCCACCAGUGGCUCAGGCAGACCUCACCCACCUGAUUGCCGCUAUAUACACUAUCUUCCUUGUUCUCGGCCCUAUUAUCGGUGGUAUCAUUGGAGGCUAUAUUGCUCACGCCUGGGGAUGGCGGUGGACGCAGUGGCUCAACGUCAUUAUCUCCGGGGUUUCACUCCUCGCGUGCUUUUUCUUCCUUCCAGAAACCCUUUUUGACCGAGAUGCUGCGAUCGCCAUGGCUGCCGCCACCGAGGAUGGAGGACUAGAAGAAACGAAGCCGACAGAAAUGGAGAAGCCCAACAUUGAAGAGAUAGACCGACCCAUUCCAGUACAGGUGUAUGAGCCCUACACAUUUGCGAGUUCUCUAAAGGUUGGACUUUAUCGUGGCGGGCUGCUGCAGCAUUUCAUGGCACCUUGGAAAACCCUUCGAUUUCCUGCUGUAUGGCUAGUCAUGUUGCAUUACGGGGGUCUGGUGGGUGGCAUGGUCACGACUUCCACUGUGGGCCCGCAGUUUGUGUCCGCACCCCCAUACAACUGGGGUGCAAAUGCGGGCCUGAUCAAUGUCGGCGGCUUUGUCGGUAGCAUUGCUGGAGCUGCUUUCACCUUUUUCCUUGCGGAUUACGUCAUGAAGCGGCAGGCAUUGCGCCAGUCGAAUGGGCUCAGUGAGCCUGAAGCCCGGCUGCCAGCCCUUAUCCCGGGGCUGUUUCUUGCUACGAUGGGCCUACUCACAUUUGGCUUCUGUGGGGAAAACCCUUCUAAAGUCGGGUGGCUCGGCCUCCAAUUCGGGUACGGGAUGCUCACCUUCGGUGUCAUGCAGGUCCCUUCGAUUGGGUUCAACUAUGUUAUCGAGUCCUAUUCCGCAUUUUCCCAUGAUUGCCUUGUGAUGAUCACCUGUCUGCGAGCCAUCAUCGGCUUCGCAUGGACCUUUUUCGUCGGAACAUGGGUUGAGUCGCGUGGAGCUGCGGAGCCUUUCGGAAUAUUCGGUAUGUUCAUGGGGAUAGUUGGGUUAUUGACUGUUCCCAUAUACUUUUGGGGUAAAAGAAUCCGGAUUGCGACACAGAAAUGGGCUCCUGGCCAAACCUAG